AUGGUGACAAACAGUCACUGUAUUUGCAGCUCAGCUCCGAAGUUCUACCAGAAUGUUCUGGCCUUGGCCUUUGCCAUCAAUGAGAUCAAUCAGAACCCCAAGCUCUUGCCCAAUGUCACUCUUGGGUUCCUCAUCUACGACAGCUAUUCUGAUGCACGAAUGGCCUACCGUACCACCCUGGACCUGCUCUUCAAAUCAGAUAAGUUUCUCCCCAACUAUAAAUGUAGCAAUCAUAAAACUCUAAUGGGAGUCAUUGGUGGACUUAGCUCUGAUACUUCCUCACACAUGUCAGAGAUCUUAACGCUUUACAAGGUACCACAGAUCAAACCGCAUAGCUAUGAAGGGUAUGGGCAGACAAAAGCCUUCGAUUGUGGAACCCUGGCAGGACAGGUGCCUCCCAUCUCUCGGUGUAAUGACAUCUGCCAUCCUGGUUUCAGUCAGAAAAAAAAAGAGGGAGCAAACUUUUGCUGCUAUGAUUGUGCUCAAUGCCCUAAAGGCAUGAUGUCAGACAAAGACGAUAUGGAUAAAUGUGUCAGUUGUUCAGAAGAUCAAUUUCCAAACAUGAGACAAGAUCAAUGCAUUCCCAAGCUUAUGAAUUUUCUCUCCUUUGAAGAAACUUUGGGACUCAUUUUAGCCUUCUUGGCUCUUUUCCUUUCUCUGACUACAGCUGUGGUGCUCAGAAUCUUUAUCAAGCACCGGGACACUCCAAUCGUCAAAGCCAACAACCGGAGCCUCACCUACAUUCUCCUUGUCUCUCUCCUGCUUUGUUUCCUUUGCUCCUUGAUAUUCAUCGGACGUCCUAACAAGCUGACCUGCCUCCUCCGACAAACUGCUUUUGGCAUCAUCUUCUCUGUCGCUGUUUCUUCCGUGUUAGCAAAAACUGUAACAGUGGUUGUAGUUUUCAUGGCUUCCAAACCAGGAAACAUUUUCCGGAAAUGGGUGGGGAAAAGGUUGGCACAUUCCAUUAUCGUUUCCUGCUCCCUUGUUCAAUUGGGUAUUUGUGUUGUUUGGCUCGGUAUAUCUCCUCCAUUCCCAGAUUUGAACACACGGUCAUUUUAUGGAGAAAUCAUAGUGCAAUGUAAUGAAGGGUCGGUUACCAUGUUUUACUGUGUCUUGGGCUAUAUGGGAUUCCUUGCUAUUGUCAGCUUCACUGUAGCUUUUCUAGCCAGGAAACUGCCUGACAGUUUUAAUGAAGCCAAGUUCAUCACCUUCAGCAUGUUGGUCUUUUGCAGUGUUUGGCUGUCCUUUGUUCCUACCUACCUGAGCACAAGAGGGAAAGAUAUGGUGGCUGUGGAGAUUUUCUCCAUCUUGUCCUCCAGUGCUGGGUUACUGGCUUGUAUAUUUUCCCCCAAAUGCUAUAUUAUUUUGUUGAAACCAGACUUGAACAAGAGAGAGCAGGUCUCUAAUAUUGUUACAGAAUGUACCUUUGUAACUAUGAAGAGUGAUUCAGCUCAACCAGCAUGA